AUGAAGCUACAGAGCGGUUUUCCAUUGCUACUCCAACAAUACAAGGCGCUUUUCUGGAAAAACCUUCUGCUUUCAUGGCGGAACAAGAGAGCUACUUUUCUCCAACUCUUUGCUUCCUUCUUCUUCUUCCUCAUCCUCUUCUUCAUUGAAAACACUAUGGAGGUUCGCUUCUCGUCCUCGACCUCAAACAACAGGUCAGUUAUGGAUCCUUUGCCUCUAAUCUCUCCCCCAAUCCCGCCAUGCGAGGACAAGAACUACAUCAAGCUUCCCUGCUUCGACUUCGUCUGGAGCGGAAACCAAAGUGCUAGGAUCACAAGCAUUGUUAGUGCAAUCAUGGCCAACAAUCCUCGGAGACCAAUUCCUUCUAGUAAGGUCAAAUCGUUUAGUACAACUGCGGAAGUAGAUGAAUGGUUGAAUGAUAAUCCCAUGCACUGUCCUGGAGCUUUGCAUUUUUGGGAGAGAAACGCCACAGUAAUCAGCUAUGGAAUACAGACUAAUUCGACUGCCAUUGCGAAGCGGUCGAGUUACGAAGAUCCCUUAUUUAAGUUUCGAAUCCCGCUUCAGAUUGCUGCAGAGCGCGAAAUUGCAAGGUCUCUAAUAGGAGUGCCGGACUUCAGCUGGGUUAUGGCGCUGAAAGAAUUCGCUCAUCCCGCGAUAGAAACGUUCUCCGCGAUGGCCUCAGGAGGACCAGCUUGUUUCCUUGCAAUUGCCAUGUUCAGUUUUGUCUUUCAAAUCAGUUCCUUAGUCUCCGAGAAGGAACUAAAGCUUCGUCAGGGGAUGACAAUGAUGGGCCUUUAUGAUUCAGCGUACUGGUUGUCAUGGCUCACUUUCGAUGGAAUUCUCACACUUCUUUCUUCGCUUUUCAUUGUUUUCUUUGGCUCCGUGUUUCAGUUUGAGCUCUUCUUGAACAAUAGCUUUGCUCACGUAUUUCUAGUGUUUUUCCUAUUCCAACUCAAUAUGCUUGGAUUCGCCUUCAUGUUAUCUGUCUUCAUAAGCAAGUCAUCUUCAUCUACAUUUCUUGGUUUCUCCAUUUUUAUUGCUGGCUCAAUGACCCAGCUUGUUACAGUAUUUGGAUUUCCUUACGAUCGGGGAAUCUCUAAGGUAUACCAAGCUGUUUGGUCGUUUUUUCCGCCAAAUCUUCUUGCUGAAGCUCUAUUGCUGCUUAACCAAGCAACUCCACAUAAUGCUGGUGUUGUCUACAAUAGGCGAAUAAGCAAAGCAAAGUGCGGUGCAGAUCAUGAAGAAUGCCUGAUAACCUUGAAUUAUAUUUACAAAUGGCUUCUGGGUACAUUCUUUCUUUGGAUUGUAUUCGCAAUCUACUUGGAUAAUGUUAUUCGAAACGCAUCCGGCGUUAGGAAACCAGUGUUUUAUUUUCUAAAACCUGGGUACUGGACAGGGAAAGGUGGAAAUGAAUUGGAAGAUAGUGGCAUCUGUAGUUGUACAAGUUCGACUUCUGCUCAUGAAGAACAUAUUCUUCCAGAUGACGAAGAUGUUCAGGAAGAGGAAAAAAUUGUGAAACAACAAACUAGGGAGGAGAUAGAGGACACAAAUGUUGCUGUUCAAAUACGCGGCUUUACAAAGACAUAUCCUAGUACCAUAGACAUGACCAGUUGCGGUAAAUGCAAGAAACGUUCACCUUACCAUGCUCUCAAGGGUUUAUGGCUGAACAUUGUAAAGGAUCAAUUGUUUUGUCUACUUGGACCAAACGGAGCGGGGAAGACCACAACAAUCAAUUGUUUGACUGGGAUCAUAUCGGUGACUGAUGGAGACGCAUUGAUUUACGGGUAUUCCCUACGAAGCUCCACUGGCUUGUGGAAUGUCCGAAAACUGAUAGGAGUUUGUCCUCAGUUUGAUGUUCUUUGGGACUCACUGACUGGCCAAGAGCACCUCUUUAUCUUUGCUAGUAUUAAGGGACUAAAUCCAACGUCAAUACAAUCGGUUAUCGAAAAGUUAUUAGCAGAGACGGGCCUCACUGAGGCGGCCAGAGUGAGAGCUGUCCAUUACAGCGGAGGAAUGAAACGCCGCCUUAGUGUUGCGAUGGCCCUCAUCGGCGAUCCGAAAUUGGUCAUUCUGGAUGAACCUACAACUGGUAUGGAUCCAAUAACAAGAAGGCAUGUUUGGGACAUCAUUGAGGAUGCGAAGAAAGGGCGCGCAAUAGUGCUGACAACGCACUCGAUGGAAGAAGCGGACAUACUAGGCGACAGGAUCGGAAUAAUGGUAAAGGGUAUGCUCCGAUGCAUUGGCACUUCGAUCAGAUUGAAGUCUCGGUUCGGGGCUGGUUUUAUUGCUAAUGUGAUUUUCACAAGUGGCGCCAAUGGGCAAAAUCUUUCAAGUAGAGAUGAAAUUGAUAGAGCUCAUUGUGAGGAUGUCAAGCAAUUGUUUGAGCAAAAGUUAGAUAUUGUGCCAAAGGAGGAGAAAAAAUCCUUUUUGACUUUUGUCAUUCCUCGUGAUAGAGAGGUUCUUUUAUCGAAUUUCUUUGCGGAGCUCCAAGACAAAGAAAGCGAACUCGGUAUAGCAGACAUUCAACUUGGCCAGACAACUCUUGAAGAAGUUUUCUUGAACAUUGCGAGGCGGGCAGAGUUAGAACCGAAUCUGAAGAGAAUCGUAGAUGGAUUAUGGUAG